AUGGAUGAUUAUUUCUUAUCAUUUCUCGUCCUUCUCAGUCUUACCCUCUUGACGUUUUUUAUCCUAAAAGUGGGAAAGAGUUUCAAAAGCAUUGGCACAACCUCAAAUCUUCCUCCAGGGCCAUGGAAGCUGCCAAUAUUUGGAAGCAUACAUCACCUCAUAGGCCAUCUUCCCCACCACCGCAUGAGAGAAUUGUCCCAAAAAUAUGGUCCUCUCAUGCACCUACAACUUGGAGAGACUUCAGCCAUAGUGGUUUCUUCUCCAGAAAUUGCCAAAGAGGUGCUGAAAACCCAUGAAGUCACAUUUGCUCAUAGACCUCGCUUUGUUGCAGCAGAAAUUGUAACUUAUGGUUUCACUAAUAUCACCUUUUCACCCUAUGGAGACUAUUGGAAGCAGCUUAGAAAAAUAUGCACAAUGGAGGUGUUGAGUGCUAAGCGUGUGCGAUCAUUCCAAUCAAUCAGGGAGGAAGAGGUGUCAAAUUUAGUAAGAUAUAUUUCAAUGAACACCGGAUCCACCAUCAACCUUACAGAUAAAGUUUUAUCUAUGACCUAUAGCAUCGUUGCAAGGGCAGCUUUUGGUGAUAUAGGUGAGGAACAAGAAGCGUUUAUCUUAUUUAUGAGGAGGAUUAUGAGAAUGAGCGAAGCUUUUGGUGUUACUAAUUUGUUUCCUUCCCAAAAUUGGCUACAUGUGGUUACUGGAAUGAUGCAUAAAUUGAAGGAAAUCCAUAGAACUGGUGAUAUGCUGCUUGAAAAUAUCAUCAACGCGGCAACAGCAAAGAAUGGUGGAGUUGGAAGUCUUAUGUCUGUUCUUUCUGAUCUGAAAGAUCGUGGAGCCCCUGAAUGUCAUUUGACAAUCAACAACAUCAAAGCCGUUAUUCAGGAUAUUUUUAUCGCUGGAAGUGAGACAUCAUCUGUAACUGUGGAUUGGGCUUUCUCAGAAAUGCUGAAAAAUCCAAUAGUACUAAAAAGGGCACAAGCAGAAGUUAGGCAAGUUUUUGGUAGCAAAGGAUGCGUUGAUGAAGUGGCUCUUCAUGAAUUGAAAUAUCUAAAAGUUGUCAUUAAAGAAACUUUGAGAUUACACCCUCCUGCUCCUUUGCUACUUCCAAGAGAGUGUGGUGAAACUUGUGAGAUUAAUGGAUACACAAUACCAGCUGGAACCCAAGUGUAUGUAAAUGCAUGGGCAAUUGGAAGAGACCCAAAAUACUGGAUUGAAGGAGACAAGUUUUAUCCUGAGAGAUUCCUGGAUUGUCAAGUUGACUACAAGGGGUCUGAUUUUGAGUACAUACCGUUUGGUGCAGGAAAGAGAAUAUGUCCUGGAAUUUUUUUUGCUACAACAAAUAUGGAAAUUCUUCUUGCACAGUUGUUGUACUAUUUUGAUUGGGAACUUCCCUUUGGAGCCAGUGGUGAAAGUCUUGACAUGAGUGAAAUUUUUGGUACUACGGUGAGAAGGAAAAUUGAUCUAUUUGUGAUUCCCAUUUCUUACAAUCAUGUGCAUGUUGCAUAAGACCGCAUGGAAGUUGAUUAAACAAACUGAUCAUCCAUGCUUGACAGCUGGCGAACUUUAGUAUAUGUGAUCCUGUGUUAACUUCUCUACCUCAUCAUACUAUAUUAUUUACAUUGUAACUUGUGUCCGUGAUUAACUUCUUCAGUUUCUUUCUUUCUUUUCGGCCUACUUUUCCUUUUGAAUCUUUUCAAUAGAAUGCACCAGUUC